AUGUACCAGGAGGUGGCUUUCCUGGCAGGCAGCACCGAACGCCAGUUCACCACUUUCCAUUUCAACCCACUGGCCAACCCUCAGGAAAUCAGCAGUAAGAAGGGAGUUUUCUACAAACGUGCCAAGCUCCUGAGGCCUGAGCCGGAUGAGGAGACGUGCCGCCCGCCCCGCCCGGAAGAGGGCGUGGCCGGGGAGGGCGUGGCCAUAAUCAACGUGGGCGGCAUCAAGUACCGUAUCCCGUGGGCCACGUUGGCGGAGUUCCCGCUGACGCGCCUGGGCAAGCUGCGCAGCUGCAGCAACCGGGAGGAGAUCCUGGAUGUCUGCGACGACUACGACGCCUGCCGCAACGAGUUCUUCUUCGACCGCAGUCCCAGCGCCUUCCGCUCCAUCGUGACGUUCCUCGCCGCGGGAAAACUGCGCCUGCUGAGGGAGAUGUGCGCUUUGUCCUUCCAGGAGGAGCUUUUGUACUGGGGGGUGGAGGACUCCAGUUUGGAGUGGUGCUGUCUCCGUAAGCUGCGCCUCCGUCAGGAGGAGCACAGGGAGCAGCUGAGGCAGGAGGAGGAGGAGGCGGAGAUGGCCACGCAGCAGUCCUGCGAGGACACCUCGCAGGCGGCGGCGGCUGCGGCGGCUGCGCAGGACGAGGGCCGCAUGGCUGCGUGUAUGCGCAGGCUCAGGGACAUGGUGGAGAACCCGCACUCGGGCCUGCCGGGGAAGAUCUUCGCGUGUCUGUCUGUGGUGUUUGUGGCGAUCACAGCCGUCACGCUCUGCAUUAGCACUAUGCCCGAUCUCAGAGAGGAGGAAGAGAGGGGGGAGUGUUCCCAGCGAUGCCACAACAUCUUUGUGUUGGAAACAGUGUGUGUGGCCUGGUUCUCUUUGGAGUUCCUGCUACGUUUCAUCCAAACCCAGAGCAAGUGCUUGUUUUUGCGAACGCCCCUGAACAUCAUCGACGUGGUGGCCAUCCUGCCCUAUUACAUUACGCUGAUCGUGGACUCGUUGUCCGUGGGUGACCGGCCCACCAGCUCCGGAAACAACUAUUUUGAGAAGGUGGGUUUGGUCCUGCGAGUCCUGCGUGCUCUGCGGAUCUUCUAUGUGAUGCGUCUGGCGCGUCACUCGCUGGGCCUCCAGACGCUGGGUUUGACCGUUCGCCGUUGCACUCGCGAGUUUGGCUUGCUGCUGCUCUUCCUGUGCGUUGCCAUGGCGCUCUUCUCCCCGUUGGUCUUCUUGGCGGAGAGCGAGAUGGGCGCGAAGCAGGAGUUCACCAGUAUCCCUGGCAGCUACUGGUGGGCUGUCAUCUCCAUGACGACCGUCGGCUACGGCGACAUGGUCCCCCGCAGCAUCCCAGGCCAGGUGGUGGCGCUAAGCAGCAUCCUAAGCGGGAUCCUACUGAUGGCGUUCCCUGUCACCUCCAUAUUCCACACAUUCUCCCGCUCCUACCUGGAGCUAAAGGAGGAGCAGAGCCGAGCUUCUCGCCACAAACCUGACUCCCAGGACAGUACCAAGUCUCAGAACAGCGAGGACUCACAAGACACGGACUCCUCCUUUCCCGGAAUUGCAGAAACAGCCGCUGGCCAUCGGAAGUCCGUCACCAUGGCAAUGUGUCGAGUUUCAGAGAACAGACAGUCAUUUAAGACCUAA